AUGGAUGAGUCAAACAUAACGUUUCAUCCCAGUGAAGGCCCAGAGAACAUCUCAAUGCACAGAAACAUUUCUACACAGGAAAUGGUCUGGGAGAUAUUGACCCCACUUUGGGUAAUUAUGAUCAUCUCCUUCCUGGGUUUUUGUGAAAAUGGAAUUGUCCUCUGGUGCCUCUGCUUCCAGAUCAAAAGAAACCCCUUCACUGUGUACAUCACACAUCUGUCCAUUGCUGAUAUCUCCUUACUGCUUUGUACGUUUAUUCUGUCAGUUGAGUACAUUGCUGGUUUUGGAUUCUCAUAUGGUGUUUACUAUUAUAUAACCACCACACUAUCUAUUGUCUUCCUUCUUGGAUAUAAUACUGGUCUCUAUCUCCUGACAGCCAUCAGUAUUGAGAGGUGUCUGUCUAUUGUUUACCCCAUCUGGUACCGAUGCCACCGGUCACAGCACCAAUCCGCAAUUGUAUGUGCAGUUCUGUGGACUCUGUCUUUUUUGAUGACGGUAGCUGAACACUUAACAUGCAAAGAUGAUUUAACAAAUGAACAAUUUGAUGAUGCCAACCAUUGCCAAGCAGUGCUCAUCUUCACAUGGAUCUUGACUUUCAUGAUCUUCAUUCCCCUUAUGAUUCUGUCCAGCCUGAUCCUGGUUAUUAGGAUUCAUCGUAACUCCUUGAGACCUCAUUCGUCAAAGCUCUACAUCAUCAUUGUGGCCACAAUCAUUGUCUUCCUCAUUUUUGCCAUGCCUAUGAGGCUGUUGUAUCUUCUGAAUUAUCACCACCGGUCGUCUUUGCUCAGCCAGCAGAACCACGUCACCAUUGUUCUCUCCACCGUUAACAGCAGCAUCAACCCCCUUGUUUACUUCUUUGUAGGAAGCAGCAAGAAGAAGAGGUUCAAAGAGAGUCUCAAAGUGGUUCUUAGUAGAGCACUUGCUGACGGGUUGCGGCCAAGAAGCCAGGAAGUUGGCACCAGCUUGGAUAUAGCUGAAACAAUUUUCUAA